UUAGUAGUGGGCCAAAGAAAAUGGCUUGAGAGGCGCCACAUGAAUUCUGCGGUAUGGAAUAUUUCCCCAAUUCGAUCUCUUUAUACUCAUUUGUCUGCAACGUGGGAUUCAUAACAGCAAACGCCAUGGCUUAGCUGGCCACCGGAAUAAAAUAUCCGAGCAGUCUACAUUCUUCAGCCAGAAAAUUCGGGAGUUUUGAGCUUGGACUACAUAAGCAGGGCAGCAGAGCAGAAGGUUUUCUAUCAGCAAUGGAGAUGCCCGAUUCUCCGAUCAGAAGGCCCAAAAGGGUUUUGAGCUUUGUGCCUCGAAUCCACUGGCCUGGUUACAGUGGCCGCUACCAGAGGCUCCAUGGAUCUGAGAACCAGAAGCCCGGAAGGGUUCGGAGGCGCCCUGCAAUAAGAUUAGGGCGCAGGAAAAGAGUCUUUUUUGUUCGCCUGUGCCAGAGGCUUCGUUUUAGGGCUUUCAGUAAAUAUAGCUUGGGGUUUCUUUAUAAGAGAUUGAAAUCUUUUUAUGACAUGGUGAUUGAAGAAUUGAAGGAGGCUGGUCCAGGAUUGGAGGCGAUUAAUACCAGUGCACUUAUCAAUGCGCACUUUUCUAUUGCUUCCUUGCCUUCCUCUGUGUCUUCCAUGGCUUCCAUGGCUUUUUAGAGCUCAAUUAUGUAGCAGAGUGGAAGAAGAUGUUUCUUUCACCCUGAGUUUUCUUAAAAAUUGGCCUGGCCCAAUUCUGCUGUAGUGAAGAAAAUGUCUCUUUUUGCAUCUGGAAGUACAGAAUGGAGUCCUGUUGGCUUGUCCAGCUUACAUCUGAAUCUUUCAAUCCGCAAUGUAAAUUAUUUUAGUAAAAACUGGUAAUCUGGAAAUGAAAUAAUUCUCUAGCCUUUUCAAUGGAAGAA